UCAUUCCCUUCUCCAAACUGCCAAACUGUUUUUUCCUUCUCCUUUGCUUGCUUUCCACGCUUCCCCCACCACCACCACCACUCCUCCCCAUAAGUUGUCCUUGCUGGGGGAGGAAAGGGGCCUCCAGCAACCUAGGAAGGAACACAGCAGCCUGGGAAGGAUCUGGAUCGCUAUGGGAAUGGGUGACCGGGAUCCCAGCAGUCAAGAAACUUUCGCCCUCCCGAUUUGCUAGCUUUGUUCGGACUUAAAAAAAGAAAGAAAGAAAGAAAAUCCUCUUCCGCAGCCCCAAAGUUUCUUGAGUUUUAUUUGCACACCUGGAUCUGUGUGCCAGGGUGAGCAAGAGGGAAAAAAAUACCCCAGACAAGAGGCCAAUACUUUAGAAGAGAAAAAAAAAAGAAGUUUCUUCCAUUUUUUCUGUUUUUUUUUUUUUUAAGAAACUCCAAAAAUUGGCAAGACACACAUUUUUGGUUUUUUUUUAUUGAAGCCAGCAAAUGCCUUUUUCCUUUCUCCUCCGAGCAGGGGAUCAGAAAUUGCCAACCCAGGAGGACGGCUGAACAAGUAAUUAUUAUUUUUUUCCUUCCAACCCCGAAGCUUAAGGAAAAAGAACAUCUCGCGUGCCUGAUUUCAACCAGGUGGCAGACUGGUAAAAACAAAACAAAACAAAACAAAACAAACAAAAAAGAUAACAACAACUGAGAAAGAAGAAGAAAGAAGAAAAAGGAGAAGCGGAGAGGAAGAAAAGCCCCGACGUGGUUUCCAAGAUGGGCACUGCCAUUUGCAUCAGACGGCAGAAAAGUCUUUUGCAAACCGGGUUUUGCCUCUUGGCUCUCGCCUGCCUGGGCUCUGGAGUUCUUCUCUACAACCACCUCCAGCAAAAGGUGAAGGCUGCCGAAGGCUCAGCCUCCAAAUUCAAACAGCAACAGGAAGCCCUGUCCGCCCAGCUGCAAGUUGUUUACGAACACAGAUCCCGGCUCGAGCGUUCCUUGCAGAAAGAACGCAGCGAACACAAGAAAACGAAAGAAGAUUUUUUAGUAUACAAACUGGAGGCGCAGGAAGCACUCAAUAAAGAAAAGCAAGAUUCUAUGAAUAGAUAUGGUUCCUUAAGUUCACAACACAAGAUACUGAAGAACCAGCACGAAGAAGUCAAGAAGCAGUUUCUGGACCUGCAGCUGCAACACAAUGGGCUGAAACUGGAACAUCGCAAGGCGCUGGAGACCCACAACCAGAAAUACUCCCAGCUGCAACGGGAGAAGGACAACGAGGUGGUGGGAUUACAAGAUACUAUUUUUAAACUAAGAGAAGAGAGCAAGCUCCUCCGGAAAGCCCAUCAGGAUGUCCACUCGCAGCUCCUCAAUGCUCAGGUUCAGAUGGAGGAGUUCCGGAAGCUCAAGGAAACCCUUCAAAAGAUGCCGAGUUUUAAGGAUGCAGGGACAGCCAAAGAGCAGCGUUACGGUCAGCCACUGGGGUCGAAUGUGUUGCCGUUUGCUAGACCAAAGGCCUCCAAGGGCGAUGGCAUUAAAGAACCUCCGAGACCCCAGGACCAAGCUGGGGUUCCAGCUGGGAACUCUUUCGCCAUUCCACCCCCUGGGAUCAAACGUCAAGGAGAAGAGAACAUGGUGCAUGAAAACCGUGUUUCACACAACAACAACGUAGCCGGAGCCCAAGGGGACGUGCGGUUUGGUCAACUGGCCCCACCUAAGGAAGUUAAUUUGGCAUUUGCGGCUCAGCCGCCAGCUCGGCACAAAGAGGCACCCAUGAUUCGUUACACCCGGAUGAUGAAUAGUGUGCAGAACCAGGAUCCAGAAGCAGGAGAAAACCUGCAGGGGCAACAGGGCCAUCCAGAAGAAUUCGAACCCAGGCUCAACCUCCCAGCUGCUUCGGAGGAAGGACGGGUGUUGGAAGAAAAACUCUCCAACAAGCAAGACCAACUGGUGCAGAGCUGGCAAGGGAUAGUCAACAAAGGCAACUCGCAGAUGAAUGAUGGGAGAAUUCUUCCUUCCCUGCAAAGGUAUCACCUGGAUACCAUAUCUGAGCAAGGCAAGACGGAUGGCAGUCAAGUGAAGAUGGAAACAGGGCGGCUGCGACACACCCUCUGGGGAGCUGAAAAAGGAGGAGCAGAUGAGAGAGACCUGCAUGCAGAUGCUGGCAUGACGAAGAAAGAAAACCACACAUACUUACAGAAGGAAGCAAUUAUCCCGAAACAGAUGGGACCUAAAGAUGUUGCUGACCCAGCUCAGGACCCCAAUAAUCAAGGGGAAGACGAGUUUGAGGAGGCAGAACUAGAACGACCCAGCUUUGAAGAAAAAACGGAUCCGGCCGAACAGACUCCCCAGACAAAUCGUCCGGCUAAGGCCGUGAGCAAGGAAAAAAUACCGAAGGGAGCUGAUCGGUCAAAUAAAGUCACGGACAAUUUAAUGGACGAUUAUCAGGAGGACCAAGAACAAGAUCCUGAGGACCAUGGAGGUGAGGUGGGCGAACCUGAAGAUUUGCAACAGUUCCACCAAGCCAAAGGCCACGUUGGAGACGUUGACAAGAAGAAGGAGUAUUUUUGACGAUGGGCUGGGAGGCAGCAAUAAGCCAUCAAGAUGGAUCCAAACCAAAGAUUGUUGCAAUAAACUUGGCUACUUUAGUUGAAACGGCCAAGAGGGGUGGAGAGUUAGCUCCAUCCGUCUUCAGAAAAGUCACGGGCUGCCUUGGCCGAUGGAAACAUACUAUUUCCCCUGUUUAGCAGGGGCAGGACUGAUGCACAGUGCCACCCUGUCAGAAUGCUACCGUGAAUACGAACAUCAGAAUGUCUCUUCAUGGGGGUAAGGAGCUCAAAAUAUCAAAAA